AAGUCUUGGAAAAAUAUAACAAAUUGUUGUCGUGUUGAACGAGCUUCAACUACUGUUGGUCCUGAUUUUAAUCAGAAAAGAUUUUAAAUUACCAUGUAUUAGCCAAUCUAAUUAAUAUUGAUGAUCCGCGAGGUCUUUUUACUAGGAUACCUUCAUGUGAGAAACAUGGGGCGUUUUUUCUAUGCUGUUGGAAGGGGUCGACAGACCGGAGUUUUUCCAACCUGGGAUGACUGUAAACUUCAAGUCACAGGGUUUUCUGGAGCCAGGUACAAGAAAUUUGGGACAGAGGAGGAGGCUUGGAACUUUGUGAAUGCAACAAGCUCUUGCAGCUCUGAACCUAAAUCAAAGGAUUAUUCUCAGCAGGGCAAGCAUGUAUCUUCUUCAUCUGUUCCUUCAUCCACCAGCAAAUCUUAUUCCACUCUUUCUGCGACAGCCCAAACACAGCAACGUCCCAAGGCGCAUUCCACCCCUACUCAUCUGAAGCGUUUGUAUUCGGUAGACUCGCUAGAUCCAGCGCCACCAAAGAAGAGACGCACAGCAUCAGCUCCGACUUCUGGAGACUCUAGCGGUAGUCUGGUAGUGUAUACAGAUGGAGCAUGUACCCAUAAUGGGCGUCGUGGGGCUAAGGCUGGUCUUGGGGUGUACUGGGGUGAUGAUCAUCCACACAAUCUCAGUGCUAGACUAGAAGGCAAACAGACCAAUCAGAGGGCAGAGCUUACGGCAGCAUUGAGGGCACUUGAACAAGUUAAUGAACACCAUCAGAGGAGGAAAGUGACAUUGUAUACUGACAGCAAAUAUACUAUCAACUGUGUUACGAAUUGGAUACACAGAUGGAAACAAAAUGGCUGGAAAACGGCACAGAAGACUGAUGUCAUAAAUAAAGAAGAUCUGAUCAAACUAGAUCAUCUUAACACAAAACUUGACAUCAAAUGGGAGUAUGUCCCAGGUCACAGGAACGUGUAUGGGAACGAGGAAGCAGACAAACUGGCAAGAGAGGGCGCUACACAACCUUUACCUGGAAACCCGAGAUGAUCUCAUACAGCUCAACAAGUGACACAUUCGAUGCAGAGGAACCAUGGUAUCCUGGUGCAAAUUGAUUCACGUUGAUGUGCAGUGAUGAAUACUGUAGAGCGUCCCAUGAAAGGGCCUUGCCAAUGUUUUGUCUAGCAAACUGUUUUAUCCGACAAUUACCAUAGUUACUCUGACAAAAGAUACACAAUUCGAAGCGUGGAAAAGUGUAUACCAUUGUCACUAAUGAUUGGCAGAUAAUGUUGUGUAAUCUGGCAGAUUUUGAAGUUAAUUGUAAGAAAAAUCCAAGUUAUGCAUUUAAAGAUUUUAAUAACAUAAUGUUCAGCACUGCACAUGCACAAGAAUCAACUUUCAUGUGGAGACUGGGGGAACCUGAACAAUUAUUUAUUUUGUAUAUGUGAUACUUUAUUGUCAUAUUAUUCUGUUCUCAGUCUGGGAGGACAAUAGAGAAAUAAUUUAUUUUCGUAGAAUACUUGGUAUUCAAAGUUUUAAAGAAGUUUGAAAUAGGUGCUUUCAUUAAUUCGUGACAGAAAAAUGUGAAUUCAUGAAAGUGUUACUGGAAAGAUGGAUAAAUUAUACUGUAAAAAUAAAGAGUAAGAAACCAGAGGUCAUCUUCAUGUUUCUUUAUGGCAACUAUGUUAUGUGUUAUAGAGUACCAAAAGCGAUGAUGUCAGUUGCCAUGGUGUCAUGGCUGCCUGGUUCUAAACAAAUGAACCCGGGGGCCGUUUCAUAAAGCUUUUCGUAACUUAGAAGUGACUUUAAGAACGACUGGUGAUCCUUUCUUAUGCGCUAAACCAUAGCCAAUUUAUUAUAACAUUUACCACAAGAAAGGAUCACCAAUUCUUAAAGUCGCUCUUAACUUACGAACAGCUUUAUGAAACGGUGCCCUGUUAUGACUCUCAGAAUGAUGGUAACAACCAGGGACAACACACAUCAUCAUUUUUGCAAAUGCAAAUGUGUAUAGAUGAUCGUGUAGCUGCAACUCAGUUUAGAACUAGCCGGUUCAUUGUCAUGACAUUGUGACGUCACACUUCGGUGCUCUAUUAGAAUUGUCAUUAAGAAAAAAAAAAAAUCAUAUCUUGAUGAAGAGAUGGAUUUUAAAAAGGUUGAUCUUGAUUUUUUUUCAUUUGGUAUGAAUUAGAAAAAUUGAAAAUUAAUGGGUAUUAUUGAUAUCAAUUGUUCUUCUUUCAUUCUAUUAUCAUGAUUUGUAUUGGGAUCGAUGCAUUAUUUUUGUCCUUUGUUUCAUGAACUGGCUGACACUGAAAAACAUUAUCCAUUAUAAGUCUUGAUUUUUGGAAUAUUUUUUUUACAUCUUUGACUAAGUAACAUUGUUAACCUAACAAAGUUUCAGAGCCUAAAACUGCUUUAUUUUGAAAAGAAAGUCCCUUAAUAUUUGAUAUUUCUUGUUCACGAAGUGACAGAUUUCAUCCCCCAUCACAAAUGUUUUAGGUAAUUGAUAAAUCUGUAACUUUGUGCAAAAGAAAUAUUGUACAUCUUUGAUUUGGAUUUGUUUUCUUGCAUUGACUGUUGAAAUGCUCGCCUAUCUUGUCACAUAUGACUUGCAUGUCUGAAUAAAAUCUGUCAAUUUGUUAAA